CGAUUCUACGAGAUUAGACUUUAAAGGCUCGUAAAAAGAUAAAUAUCCAGACGGGUCUGCAGCUUAGAGAAGGAACCCUAACCUAAAUUGGGGGGUGGAUUCCGGUCGGGAAGAGGCGGAGAAAGUGCUGAUGUGGAGACGGGAGAGCCGAGAUUCGAUGGGCAAGCGCCCGCAGCCGAGGAGGUUCGAAAGGGAGCCCAGUCCAAAAAGAUCAAGAAGAGAUGGGAAACCUGCACCUGAAAGAUCAUUAUAUGAUAAUCAAAAUCGUGUAGAAGAUGCAGAAAGGGGUCAGACACAUCGCAGACGGCUGCAGGAUGCUUUACCACUUGAAGCCGCAGCUGAAGCAUCUGAUUUUAAGAUACAAUCUGGUGUUUCUGGAAAAGGGCCCAUUAACAAUAAACCUGAUGAGACUGUUGAUGGCUUUAAGCAUCCAUCUGAUCCAACUGAAGUACCUCGUUCUCGAUCAUACUUUCAGCAUGAUGAACGAGGCAGUGCCGGGCAGGGUGGUCGAAGCUUUAUACGCAGGCCCUAUGAGCGUGGCAGGCGUACAGAUCUGAGAGAAAGGUUCAGCGAGAAGCCUAGAGAAGCCUUGGCUUCAUCUGACAGAAAACCAAGGGAUGACAAGGCUCAAGAGCGACCAAGUAACAAUGUUUGGCGCCAUGAUGGUUACUAUGAGUUGGAAGCUGAAGCACCACAAUCUGCUGUGCGGAAAAGACCUGCAUUCAGCGAAAAGAAGCUUCUGCCAGUAGAAGAUGCUACUGCAGCUGAUGUACAUGCCAACGAUUAUCCAAACCAACCGGAUCAGUCUCGAAAUUCUGGUGCAAGGAAGUCUGAGAACAGAGGAAACCAGGAUCUGCAUGGUCUCGAGGAGCUGAACAGGCAGUAUUCUGAGCCAGAAGGGAGGAACAUGCGAGAUGAACGACCGGGCAGUUUUCAUUUUGGGGGCGGCACUAGGGGAAGAGACAGAUAUGACAGGAGGUACAACAGGUUUGAUCGAAAUCAUGACCGGACUAUUGGCCCUCGGGUUGAAAAGUGGAAACAUGACCUUUUUGAUGAAGCAAACAGAAGUCCGCCGAAGAAUGAUGAAGAUCAGAUUGCAAAGAUUGAGGCCCUCUUAGCAUUGUAGCAUUUUGUCCGUUGGGAUUUAGUAUGAACACUUACUGGUUCUGUUGGUCUCAAGGGUAGCGUUCCACAAGUAUUUCUCUUGUAGAUCAAGGUUUCUAGUUGUAUGGUUAUUUGCUGUAACGGAUGAUUUUCAAGGUGGAGACAUGAAACCAUUUCUGAUGCUUACUGCUGAAGAUUUUGUUGUGACUACAGGAAUCAAUUUGUAAUUGUCAGAUAAUGGUUCUAGAUGAGUGUUCUUCCUCUUGUUAAUAGUAA